GUCACCAGCCCGCUGGCCACUGGCUGUCAGUGUGUUGUGGCCACAGGGUUGUUUUGUGACUCCUUUGGGGUCACUCAAGAGGUCUGUGGAUGAAAUGUCACACCAGGUUGGGUUUGUCCCCCUGGUACUGGCCCCACAUGAUGGGCACGGUGCCACAGUGCAGCCAGUCCGGGCACAUUCCUGGGCACCGGCAGAGCCAUGUGCUGGUGCCAAGAGCCACCACGGUGUUCACUGGGGCGGGUGGAGGUCCUGUCCCACAGCUACCUUUGGAGCAGCAGCAGCUUCAGGACCACAGUGAAGUGAGGAGACCUUGGAGGUGUCCCCACGAUGAACCUCCUCGCCCAGGUGAGCUCCCUCCUGCAGACCCUGCAAGCCCCAGAUUGGCUGUUCCUCCAGCCCUGGCACUGGCUGGGCUCCUGGGUGAGCAGCUCCAGGCAGGCAGCUCGGGGACUUCACCAUCAGGGAUUGUGGCCAAGCAUGGCAAGAACCACCUCCUGCGAACGCGGGGUCCGGCCAAGGUGCUCCGGAGGAAGGGAGGGAUGGAUGUGGCUGCCCUGCAGCAGCGGAUCCGGGCAGCCAUGGAGCAGGUGGUGGAGUACGAUGCCAUCACCUGCAACUGCAUCCACUUUGCCCUUGCCUUGCUGGGGCUGGGCCAGCUCGCCGGUGCCAUGGUGUCCCCAGCGCUGCAGUGAUGGAGAUGGACGUGCUCCCGGGGAACAUGUGCAGGUGGAGCAUACUUCCCUGAGGACCAGGCUUUGGCAUCCCUCUUGUGUGGAAUUAAAUGGUUGCAUGGAGACCCUGUGUCAGCCUUGUUUGAUGUGUUGGUUUUUCCCUUUUCCCAGAAGUUGCUAUCAAGUGAUGUCCCACUUUGGCACAUCUUAAAGGGAGUGGCCUCUCUUUGCUCCCCGUGGCCUCCUGAAAAAGACAUCUCCUCUUUCAUUGCUGGUAUUUGAUUUUGAGCACAAAAAUUAAUAUUCUGUGGGCUGCUGGGUUGAAAAAGAGCCAAAUGGCUGGACCGGGUCUGGCUGGAGGUCAGUCACUGUUGGUGUAUCCCAGGGGUCAACACUGAGUCCAGUCCUGGUCAAACAUCUUCAUUAUUGGUCCAAUUGAGAGGGCAGAGUGUCCCAGCAGUGAGUUUGCUGCUGAUACCAAGCUGGGAGGGGUGGCUCAUGUGCUGGAGAAAUGGGUCAAGAGUAACUUCAUGAGGUUCAGCAAGGGGAAGGUGCUGCCUUCCCAGGGUGACGAACAACCCCAGGCACCAGAAAAGGCUGGAGGGUGAUGAGCUGGAAAGCAGCUGGGCAGAAAAGGGCCUGGGGAUUCCUGGGGGACAUCAUAUUGACCAUGAGCCAGCAACAUGCUCUUGGGACCCAGGGAAGGCCAAGAGCACGCUGAGCUGUGUUAGGAGGAGCAUUGCCAGCAGGUCCAGGGUGGUGAUCCUAGCCCUUCUGGAAUACUGAGCUUUCCAGAGGGACAUGGACAUACUGGAGAGACACCAACAAAGGGCCACCAAGGGUUUGAGAGAGCAGUUCUCAUAGGAAGAGAAGCUGGGGUGGUUCAACCUGGAGAAGGGAAUGUCCAGGGGGAUCUUAUCAGUGGGUACCAACACCUGAUGGUGGAGUAAGGAAGACAGAACCAGGCUCUUCGCAGUGUCUCCUGAGGGUCUCCAGGAAGACUCCAAAGUCCCCAGAAAGG